GCCAAGACGACCAGUGGCCAGUCUUUAGUCGACCGUCGAGCCGACAACAUCUGAGCGAAGUUCGUGAGUUUACUGUGCGUAGUGUUGUGACGAACGUCAUGUGUAGUUCUAUCAGCAGCAGAUAACGAUGGCCGAUCCACCUCCCGCUCACCACUGCAAGGACUGCGGCCUUGUCUUCGACAGCGGAAAGUCCCUCGAUGUGCAUCUCCACUACCACAAGGAGAACCUGCUCAGCAAGUGGGCGCAACAACAGCAGUCAGGUGAGGAGUCCAACAACAACCAUGUGCAACAACAGAAGAAGAACAACAGGGCACCUCCAGUUCCCACACCGGACAGUUCGGACAACCGCUACUACCAACAGAACUACCUCGUAGCACCUCAACAAUCAACCGAAGAUCCAGGGUUCAUCUUGGGGACAGGUACGGGGUUCCCGCUCAUCACCCGUACCCCAACCCCCAACUCUUCAUCUUCACCCUCGCCGCAUCAUCACAACUCUAACAACUUCCGCUACCACCCUUACCAGCAGUAUCAUCCGGCACCCUCACCCGAUCAACAACAACACCGGAAUGGGUUAGUUUCCUCAUCAUCACCACAACAGUGUGACAAGUGCGGGUUUAUCUGUGAGUCUACUGUGCAAUUGAUGGAGCACAACGCUGUGGCUCACAACAACCACGUGUUGGAUCAACAACAACAACACCACAACAUGUUCCAAAUCAAAGCGGAACCAUCGCAAGCUGAGAUUCUGGAUUUGGAUUCCCACAAGGUUCAUGUCUACCAGCCGCCUCAGCGUCCUCAGGCCAACAUCGAGCAGGAUAGGUCAGUGUCAGCGUUGAUGUCCUGGGUCAACGACAACAACAAGGAACAACAUCGGUUCCAUCAACAGAGUGGCGGUUUAGCGUCGCCUGAUUGUUAUGGGGGAGCAGUGUCAACAACAACUCUAACUCCACCUGAGCCUGACCCAAUCACGAGGCAUCGAGGUGACAACAACAGUGCUUAUCACCCUUAUGAACAACAACAACAACAUCUUCAACAACAGCAGGUGAACAAUCAGAUCAGUAGUACCCAACUGCCACCAGCAGCUUCUACUCCUCAACAAGGAAAUGGUGGAGGAGGAGGAGGGAAGACAAAGUCGACGGGCAAUGGAGGCUCCUGGAAGUCGAACGAGGCGCGUCGUCCGAAAACCUACAACUGUUCGGCGUGUAAUAAGUGGUUCACUAGUUCGGGACAUUUGAAGAGACAUUACAAUACAACCUUGCACAAAAACGCGGUGAAAUCCAGUGGUGUACCCGACCCCGCGUCUAUGCCGAUCAGUGUACAUCAUCAUCCCCAGAAGGAGAGUAGUGGAGGAGGGUUUAAUCAGAGCCAGAGUAGUCCACCCCCGGAGCCGACGUCACCGCAGCCGGUCGAGGAGCCACCCCCGCAGCCGCCUCCGCCACCACCGCCUCCACUACAACCGAUACCAUCGUCUCAGCAUCACUUGAACCACUUCAACCAUUUUUUACCGAGUCCCCCAAACUUGAUGGCAGGCUCCUCGGAAGUAACGGGGGGCCUGCUUUUACACACCACGCCCUACACUCACCACGAUCUGUUGCUGACUCAGCAGCAGCAGGCGGCUAUCUCCAGUCCGCCCCCGGGGGGCCUUUUUCCCCCGCCGCCGCCGCCUUUUUCCCCCCAGGGUUCGUUGCAUACCAGCCCCACCUUCACGAGCCCCCCUCAGCCGAACCCAAACUUCCAGCCCCCCCACGUUUCUACCAUCGGACAGCCGGUUAUCACCAGCAACAACACUUCUGGUAGUAACCUCGUCGACAUCUACCGACAACUGCUGACCACGACAGACACCGACAACGCGAGACCGCUCCCCAGCUUCUCGCAACAGUUUGUCAACCACUUUUGUGUCGCUGCCUGCAGUUGUCAGCAGCUCCAACCACGUGGGGGGGCCCUAUUUGACGCCGUCUUUGACGACAACAUCUUCUACACUCAACAGCGACCCGCUAUAAAGAUUGAAGAGGAGGAAAUCGGGGAAGAAACGUCGUCUCCGUCCACCGAGUUCCCGACGUCCACUCAGCAGACCUCACCGACGAUUUUUGACUCUGGGAUGAAGUUUUCAACACAAACCUCUCCAACAAUUUUCAAUGAGGAGGAUACUGCCACUUCACGUCUAAAGUUUCCCACACAAUCGUCUCCAACCAUGUUCAAUGCUGAACAAGAUGUAACUUCACGUUUGAAGUUUUCCUCACAGAUUUUUAGUGGUGGAGAUUCUGCUUCGCGUGUGAAAUUUGCUACAGCACAGAGUUCACCAUCAACGAUUUUCAGUGGAGAGGAAACUCCUCGUGUGAUCAUGAAGAGUGAGGAGGAAAUCAAGAGCGAGGUGGACAAUGCAUCCUUGUACGAGAUGAUGAUGAUGAAUGAUGAGAGUGUAGCAACUGAGAAUAGUGAGGAUAAUUCGCAGGUGUCCAGUACAAUCGAAUCAAGUCCUCCAGUGAGACAUCAAGAAAUUCGUAAAGAGGAGAAAUUGUACCGGUGCGAGGACUGUGACAAGUUUUUUAAUAAAGUUUGCUACUUGACACAGCAUAACAAGAGUUUCCACGCGGGAAAUAAGCCUUACAAAUGUGAGCGGUGUGGCAAACGGUUUGUGGCGGAGACCGAACGUCAGGUGCACCUCAGCAAACACGCCGGCGACAAGCCCUACAAAUGCGAGAUGUGUCCAAAGCAGUUCAACCACAAGACGGAUCUCAGACGUCACAUGUGUCUUCACACAGGAGACAAACCGUUCACAUGUGAGCAGUGCGGCAAAGGAUUCAUCAGGAAAGAUCACAUGCUGAAGCACUGCGAGACGCACAAGCGACGGCGUGCCGCCCCCAAUCAGUCGCCGCACCAGGCCCAGGUCCGCAAGCAGCUCAGGAUGAAGCUGGAGCAGAGCGGGAAACUUGGAGUGGCUGCUCAACCCACCGCGGCGCCCAUGGCAGUUAUGCAGAUGGUAAUGUAGUGUGCUGUUUUUAGUUACUUGUUUACCAUCUUAGCUUUCUCUCUCUCUCUCUCCUAUGUACCGGUCGUAAGAAGAUAAUCCAGAAUCCAGACAGUCAAGUUCAGAGAUUACUAUUUUAAUGAUACACUACUUUGAUAUUGGAAGAGAAAUUAGACCUCUGAAUUACCUUUUAUAUUAUAUACAACUUUGAUAGUUGUAGAAUUUCUGUUUUUUAGUUUAAUUUUAAUGUCUAUUUUUGAUACAUUUUAUUUUGGAAUUUUCUUAACAUUUAGUUUGAUACUAUUAGUUCAGAAUUUACCUUUUUUAAUUAUAGUUAUAAUUAUACUUUGAUAGUUGUGAAUUACCCUUUUUUUAGUUAAAUUUUAAUAUGUAUUUGUGAUACAUUAUACUUUAAACAAUCUUUCUUCAGUUUGGUACAGUUUUCUGUCAAACCGUGAAGAGGAAUGUUUUUUUAUUUUAUUAUCAUCAUGUAAGUCUAAUCGGUGAUAAAUAUAGUUCAAUUUUCCAAUCAAGUCCAUAAGUGAUCCAUAUAAUAUAUUCUGUAGUUUAGAUUUUCCCAAAUAGUUUAAUUUUAUCAGUUUAGCAAGGUUUUUUGCCACACCGUAGAUUACAAGAAAUUCCUUAUUAUAACCUAUCAAUAAUUGAUUGAAUCACCACCCCGUCUUGAUUUAGAAGGCAAACUCAUAAUUGGCGAAUUUUUCCCGGUUUCAACAAUCCCUCAACCGACUCCCGGCUCAUUAUUAAUGAGCAUGUUUUAUUUUAUUAGUGAGUACGGUUCAAGAUUGAUGUCCCUGCUUUCCAUUACAGGAGAAAGUAUUGACAAUUUGUUUUAAAUAUAAUAAUUAUUUUUUAUUAACAUAAAUGUGUAUCUGUGAUACAAAUCAUCUAAUUCCUCAUGCAAUCGUUUUCGCAUCAAUUUUGAUGAGUACUAAUUUUGACAAUUGAGUAUAGAUCGAACUGAGCGAUUCAUAUUUCUUAUUAUCACGAAUUUUAUAACUGAAACAGUCGCAUUUAAAUGGCAGUUUCCAGAUUUGUAAAGCAUUUGACAGUAGUCAAUUGUAAAGUAGAUUUCGUGAACUGUAUUAUUUUAUUUUAUACACGCGAUUUAUAUUGUUCUAUUUAUUUAUUUUAUUUUAUUUUCAUUUAUUCUAUUUUGUUUUUUGUGAUCAGUUGUAUCUGAAGCCAAUCGAUAGAUUCGACUUUUUUUAUCGAAUUAUUAUGAAUAUCAUUCCUUAAUGUAUAAUGUAGCCAAAAGUGUUCCAUCUUAUAAAAAAUACAAUAAAUUUUGCAGUUAUUUUUCGUUUAUUAUAUUUGAUAAAUUAGUUGCCAUAAUCAUUGACGGUUACUCCCAGUUUUUAUUCACAUUAAUUCAUCCCAUUUAUGAAGUAGAUUACAAGAAUGGAAGGAUCUCAACUAGUUCUAUAACAUGCUAAUUGAUUAAUUAUUAUAUAAUCAUUUCCCGGUUUCAAUCUUCAUCAUCAUUAUGACUCUCUUCACAAUCACAUAGAUUGUAUUCAGCCAAAUUUAUCUCUCGAUUACUAUAACUAGAUGAUUAUAAUGAAAUAACUACGGUAGAUGACGAUUCGAAAUUGAAAGUCCUUAUCAACCAAAGGUACUGUUCCGAAUGAUAUUAUCUGCCUGUUAUCAGUAAUAAACAGUUGUCUCAUUCAGUUCGCUUUCUCCAAUGUUAUUUCUAGAACCUUUCAUUGAUUAUCCUACCAAUUUUCAACUUUUGUUGAUUCUAAUUUCGGUGUUUUGAUUGAACUAUUCAAUACUAUUGUAUUGUAAUAAUUCAUGCCUCCCUUCGACCCAUUUAUUCUCUAGUGCUAAUUUUGAACUCUUCCCAGAAACCUUUUUCAGUUUCUGUGAGUUUUGAGUUUUUCCAAGAGAUUCAUAAGAAGUGUUUAGCUGCGUUUGCACCAAAGUUAUUAACAAAAUGUUAAUAACUUAGUUCUUAUAGAUUCUAGACUAUUAGAUUGAACAUAAUCUUAUCAUACACAUGAUGAACAUGUCAAGUUCUGUUCAAUCAAAUAGAAUCUAUGAGGAUUAAGUUAUUAACAUUUUGUUAAUAACUUUGGUGUAAACCAAGCUUAAGACUACAAUUAUUAUAAGUUUCCAUUCAAGUUUUUGAUUCACAAGUCUUUAUUUCUAUUCCAUAUAUUUUUGUUCAAAUUAUGUACCAUUAUAUUCAUUUACUAGUGAUAUAGGAGACACAUUCUCAAUUUCAUCUACAUAUUAUUCUUCUACGUAAUUUACUCCAAUAUUGGAUCUCAUAAUAAUAUUCACGUACACGUAAAUCUUUCCUGAAUUCAUUCCAUGUAAGUUGUAAUUUAAUGAAUAGUAUAUUAUUAUUUCAAUAUUUAUCACUUUUUAUGCUUUAAUUUUAUGAUCAUCUUAAUUCAGUUUUUAUUUUAGCAUAAGAUUAGUAAUAAUUUUUCAAUUGAAAAGAAGAAAUUUUGCUUUAAACAGGAUUAAAGUACAGAAGUUAGGAAAGAGUAGGCAGGUACCGUUGUUUUCUCUCUGAUGUAAGUUAGAAGCUGUUGAACUGUCUGGAUUGUCUUUAUUUUCGGGAACUCUAUUUUCAUUUUCCUUGUGAUCGGAACAUUAGAAAGAGAGAGAGGAAGUCUAGUGGAUGGAAGAAACCAUUUUUGAAAACUUGUUACUGAUUUUGAUACCAUACAAAAGUUCCUAAACAUAAUUGUUAAGUUACAGAACCGUGAAUAAUAGACGUUUACAACUCAGGGCAAUUAUAUACACAGUAGCCAUAUCUUUGUUCCUCCAUUAUUAUUGAAGUAUUAUGUAGACUUGC